CUGAUUCUCCAUUUUCUCCGAGGCGGAAAUAGGAACCAGCCCAGAUACACAAAGCAGGACUCGCUCACGACCACCUCAAUUCUCCACUUCACUGGUGAUUUUGUGCUUAUCAAGUUUAUUUGUUGAAUGACAAUAUCUGUGACAUAAAGCAGUCAUGGCUGAUGGUUCAGAAGUCGAGGAGCGGGUGGAUCUUGAAGAGGACAAUUACAUGGAAGAGAUAGAUGAUGAUGUGGAAGAACAUGUUGAUGAGGAUGGAGUAGAUAGGAGAGACGGUGAACAUCCCGAAUAUGAUGUUGAAGAAGUAGGUGAAGAGCCUCGAAUUGGCACGAACCAAGAAGAUAAAUUUUCUGGAGAUGGUAGAAAUAACGCAUCCAUAGAGUCUAUAGAAAAGAUAGAGAAGUCUACUUCUUUAUUAGAUGAAGAUGAUCUAGAGAAGCAUGCUCAGCUUCUUGCUCUUCCUCCUCAUGGAUCUGAAAUUUUUAUUGGUGGACUUUCACGUGAUGUUUCAGAAGAUGACUUGAGAGAUUUGUGUGAAUCACUAGGAGAAAUAUUUGAGAUAAGGAUAAUAAAGGACAGAGAUUCUGGUGAAAGCAAAGGUUAUGCUUUUAUAUUGUUUAAAACAAAAGAGGCGGCACAAAAAGCUAUAGAGGAUUUACAUGGUAAAGAAGUCAAGGGUAAAACGAUAAGGUGUUCUCUGUCUGAUUCUAAGCACAGACUAUUUAUUGGUAAUAUCCCAAAAAGUUGGACAGAGGAUGAGUUUAGGAGACUUAUAGAAGGAGUUGGCCCUGGAGUUGAAAACAUUGAGCUUAUCAAGGAUCCUCAGAACCCAAGCCGAAAUCGUGGAUUUGCAUUUGUUCUGUAUUAUAACAAUGCAUGUGCUGAUUAUUCAAGGCAGAAAAUGUCGAAUGUGAAUUUUAAGCUGGACGGAAAUUCCCCAACUGUUAGUUGGGCUGAUCCAAAAAGUAUGCCUGAUAACUCUGCCGUUGCUCAGGUGAAGGCUCUCUAUGUGAAAAACAUACCUGAGAAUACUACUACCGAGCAAUUGAAAGAACUGUUUCAGCAGCAUGGGGAAGUGACAAAAGUGAAUAUGCCACCUGGCAAAGCUGGGAGUAGCAAACGGGAUUUUGCAUUCAUCCAUUAUGCUGAGAGGUCAAGUGCAUUGAAGGCUGUUAAAGAGACAGAGAAAUAUGAAAUUGAAGGCCAACUGUUGGAGGUUGUCCUUGCUAAGCCUCAAAGUGAUAAAAAAUCAGAUGGGGCCUAUUCCCACAUAUCUGGAGGUAAUCCCAACCAUAUUCUUCACGGUGGAUACGGUGGUUAUGGCGGAAACCCAUAUGGUUCCUUGGGUGGGUAUGGUGUUACUGCUGGCUUCCAUCAGCCAGUGAUUUAUGGUAGGGGGCCAAUGCCAGCGGGAAUGCAGAUGGUACCGAUGGUUUUACCAGAUGGUCGAAUUGGUUAUGUCCUUCAGCAACCCGGAGUACCAAUGCCACCGUCUCGACCUCGAAGAAGUGAGAGGAGCAAUGGCUCAGGUGGACCGGCAGGUCGUUCGGGAGGUAGCAGUAGUGGUGAUGAAACCAACCGUGGCAGAAGGUAUCGACCCUAUUAGUGAUUUAGCCUAAUGGUCACAGGAAAUAACAAAUUGAAGGCAAUUCUUAUUAUUAGCUUUCGGAAAAUUAUGUGUACCAAAGCAAUUGCUCUCUCACCCAUUCUUCUUGGUCUUCUUUUCAACUUGAUACUGUAUAUUCAACUCAACUCAUUAAAUAACAAGGGUUCUGGUUUGUUAAGCAA